AUGUCGCUCGCAGGGCGAGUUAUCAUCAUUACAGGAGGCUCCAAUGGUAUUGGAAAGGCCUGUGUUGAACGAUUGGGACGAGACGGCGCCAGUGUUGUGGUCAACUACUACAGCGAUGAAGCUGGCGCGAAUGCGCUUGUUUCUUCUAUUGGCGAAGAUCGUGCCUUGGCUGUCCAGGCCGAUGCCAGCACGAUGGACGGAAUCACCAAAAUUAUCGACGAAGCAGUGAAGAAGUUCGGCCACAUCGAUGUAGUGAUGGCAAAUGCUGCAAUGAUGAUGAUGCGCAAUGUCGAGAAUACAACUGAAGACGACUUUGACAACAUGUUCAAGCUUAAUGUCAAAGGGCCGUACUUUCUUGCCCAGAAAGCUGCGCCUCACAUCCGCGACGGUGGAAGCAUUAUUUUCGUUUCUACUGGCAUUUGCCACCACUCACUCGUCUUGCCCGACUACCUUCUCUACGCCUCAACAAAGGGGGCAAUUGAGCAGAUGACACGUGUUAUGGCAAAGGGACUGGCUGCAAAGGGCAUUACGGUGAAUGCUGUCGGCCCAGGUCCCACUGCCACGGAACUGUUCUUCAAGGGGAAAAGUGAAGCCCAGAUAAAUGCGCUCAAGAAGAUGAACCCUUUUGGCCGAUUCGGCGAGCCAGCCGAAAUUGCCAGCAUGGUUGCCUUCUUAGCUGGCCCCGACAGCCGAUGGGUCUCGGGACAAACCUACCUGGUAAAUGGAGGACAGCUUGACGUUGUACGAAGUGCAUGUUCAUCUUAUCAACUCCGUGGUUCCCGCCACUGUUCCCAUUAUCACGUGCCGCGGGUGACUAAAUGGUCGCUGUGUCCUCAGCUGUAUUGA